UGUCGCCGUCCAGUGUGCGUCGUAGAAAACACACAGAUAGAGAAAAUGAGCUGGGUAACAUCGCUCGCCAUACACGCUUUCAUGACAAUAUAUCUGCUCUUCGUGACAGGACGCGUUGCACAGAAAGUCUACUUUGACUGCGGUGCCCAGGUGGAUGUCAUGAAUGUCCAAGGCCUCAUUCUCUCUCCUGGCUUCCCCUACAACUACUCCUCUGGGACACACUGCAUCUGGCAGUUCUUUGUGCCUGUGGAUUACCAACUCAUUCUGGAAAUAUUUGACUUUGAUGUAUUCGAAAGCCACGAUGCCGCCACGCAGUACGCUGCCGUCUCAAACUUUGAAGAGGAUGAGGCAGGUAAAGAGGUGUCUUUCACAAGUCCCAUCCCUCGGAGUGAGGACUUAAGCUCCAAGGCUCUGCGAUCCUCUCAAAAUGACAACGUUCAACAAGUAGUAGUCCAGGAAAAGUCCACUAAAAUGGAGAUGACCAAAGUAACUAACUCUGCCCAAAGAUCGACUGAUACCUCCUCAAACAUAAACUCCCCACCUCUCCCAUCUCUCUCCCUCGUUCCUGGGGCUCAACCUCCAGAGGACAAGGCUGCCAACUCUGCAUCUUCGUCCCUCCUCAGGGGAGACUCAAAUGCCGGGCUUCAUCCCAACUCAAGCCCUAAGGUUGGGACCCCGGCUCCUCAGCGCCCCACGGACACUCCGGCUGCGAGCUCUGAAACCCCACUGUCGUCACUGGAUGCCUGCCCCCAUGAUGUCCUGUACAUCUCUGAUCUCAUCACCUUUUCCUCCCGGUUCUGCGGUUCAAACCGACCCCCAAGUAACCAGCUUGUGUUUGGCUCUAGCCAUGAGAUGGUAGAGGUCAUCAUGGAGCUUAUUACUACCACCCACUGGGGACGUGGCUUCGCCCUCCUCUUCCACUACCACAACCGUACUGACCCAGGAGGGGACCGGCACACCUAUGCCCCCACAGCCGCCAAGAUAGACUCCUUCCUGGCUGCUGUGAGCGGAGCCGCCUUCUUUGCCAUGAUACUUACAAGUGCCCUCUGCAUCGUUUUCAGACCCAAACUAUGUCCGAAAAGAGCCAGCUCCUGCACGUCCAGCAACUCCGAGGUGCCAGAGGGAGUGCAAAGCACAGAGGCUGAAGUCAGUGAGCUGCAGCUAGUGGCUGCAAAUCAGGCCAACAUGGAGGUUCCCGGAGAACAGGAAAACAACAACCUCUCUCUCAGCCACGGCCUGCAACACCCAGGCAGUGCCAGUGGUGAUGUUUCCCAAAACACAGAGAUGGAGCUUUCUUCUGGUGGCUUGACAGAACUGGACCUGGAGACAGAUGAGGUGUUCAUCGCAUCUUCAGCUCCCAGCCCCGUCAGGUUACCAUUCUCCCCCCACACGCAGCAGGAUCGUUUUCUACGCCACAGUGACACUGGCCCCAGCAUUGUCGGUGACUGGCCGUCCCCAGACCCCGUGGCCCAUGGCAUGGGUACCAGACCCACAAAGGACGGCAGUGCCAGCAGUGCCAGACCCAGGGCUUGGAGCGUACGCACCUUCCAAGACUUCCUGCCUCCCCUGCCACAACUCCAUAAGAAGUGGUGCAGUUGGAACUCCACCAGUCCAUUCACCAAGCUGGUGGACAGUGCUCCAUCUGGUCUGGUGGCUGACUGCCGUGCAGAGGACAGCCGGAAGGUCUUCUCAGACAUCCACCUGGAGGCCAAAAUGAAUAACAGCACUGUCUCAGACACUGCAAGCAGCAACGCCUCCUACCCCCUGACCCAGCCCGCCCAGCGUCUGCGGCGCCUCAACUCCGCAAGCAAUCUGCGGCGCUCUCGCUUCACCGGGCCCUGCUUUGGCCUGCUCUCUGGGCCGGCUGACGUCAGCCAAACAUCAGGGGGAUCGCACGGCCAGGCCUCAUCCUCUGAGUCUAGCCUAGGGUCCUCUUCUCAUGGUCAGCCUCAAAGUGAAAGCUCCCAGUCUGGGAAGCGCCGUGAUUUUCCAGCUGAGAGCAACCAUGUCAGCGUGCCGGUAUUUGCCAUCUCUGAGGAGGAGGACCGGCAGCCUUUGGUCCAAGCUGAGCACCUGGGCCAGGCCUCUGCCUCGUCCAUGCCCAACGGACUGGUUAGGGGGGCAUAUGAGGGGCAGAGGUCUCCAAUGGGGGGCACCUGCCUCAGCCCCCAAGGUCCGGCCGAUAGCCCCAAGCAGCAAAAGGCCAGACCGGAUUGGAGACCGUGGGGUGGCAAGUUGUCUGGAGGUGCCAGACCGCAUCUCACCAACUCAACCAUCGCCAUCGCCGAGUCAAAGCCUGCCUUUGAGCACAGCACAUUUAUUGAUGCCCACACUUCCCUCAGCCAACCAGCUGUGCUGUGCAGCGUGGCUGGUAAAGAGAUGUGACCAGUCGGUUAUUAAGAGAGCAGAGAGAACUUGGACUAUAUGAUGGGCCAGUCAAACUUUUGUGAACUCUUUUAGCACCAUUUUGUAAAACAUGUAACCUACUUGUUUGAUUUCUGGAAUCAGCUGUCUUCUGAAAUUAUUACCUGCAUGUCAUAGGUUCCUGCUGGCAAAAGUAUGGUUGUUACCAAGUCAUUAUUAUCCUCUUUUUUUAAGUGUCUUUAAACAAAUAUGAAAUAUUGUGCUGCUAAUGAUGCCGAUGCAUUGACUGCUAUGGUAUUGUUGUGCUAAAAAUACAAUUGAAUGCAACAUGCAAAGAAUCGUUGACGUUGUCCAAGUCAGUACUCCAUGACUCCCCAACUCUUACAAGCACUUUUCCUCUUUACCAGAUUGUUCGAACUCAUUUGACGUUUUUCAGUGAGCUGUUAUGUCCUGAUAUACUGUACAUUCUCCAUUCCCAAUAGGCGGUCAUUUUGGAUUUAUUUUUUUUUGUGUGUGCCAACAUCUGCCUUUUUUCUUUACAUGGGUAUUCAUGCAUUUCAUAAUAGGCCAAUACAUGCUUUUACCAAUUACCCACAAGAGUUCAGUUGAGCAUAGAUUGUAUGUUAAUAUUGAUGCAACAAUGCAUAAAUAUACCCUAGGGCUUUUACUGGAUCAUAAAAGGGAAUCAGUGUAUGAAAGCAAUUACUAAAUGUAUGGUAUUAGAUGUAAAUGUAGUAUAAAAGACAGACUAGCAAUUGCAAUGGUGUUAAAGGAGCUGGCUAUGAAUUAAAGUUUAAAUACAGGUUGUCACCUUUUUUUUUCACAAGCUGAUGUCGACCUAUAUAAACUGCAAUCAGUACAUAAUUGAAAAGACACGGGCUAAAAGCAGCCCUAUAACUAGAAACACGUGUUAAUAGAUGCAAUUUGAAAUAAAUAUGGAUCACUGAAACAAAAAAAAGA